UCUGUGCGUGCUCAGCGUGUUGACGUCCCGGCGGGUCCCGCCCUGCAGCCCCGCCCCAGCCCGGCGGGCCUGGACCGCGGAGCCGGGUCUGCAGGCCAGCGGGCGGCUCGCGCCGCAGAGGAGGUUGCUUCUCACUAGGGAUGGUGGAGUUGGAUGGAGACUCCUUCAAUCCUCCUCCAGGAUGAACCACCUGCCAGAAGACAUGGAAAAUACUCUGACUGGGAGCCAGAGCUCACACGCUUCUCUGCGGGACAUCCAUUCCAUCAACCCUGCACAACUCAUGGCCAGGAUUGAGUCCUAUGAAGGAAGGGAAAAGAAAGGCAUAUCGGAUGUCAGGAGGACUUUCUGUCUGUUUGUCACCUUUGACCUCUUAUUUGUAGCAUUAUUGUGGAUAAUAGAGUUAAAUGUGAAUGGAGGCAUCGAGAACACACUGAAGAGGGAAGUGAUUCAUUAUGACUACUACUCCUCUUACUUUGAUAUAUUUCUUUUGGCAGUUUUUCGAUUUAAAGUGCUGAUACUUGGAUAUGCUGUAUGCAGACUACGCCAUUGGUGGGCAAUAGCGUUGACCACAGCAGUGACCAGUGCCUUUUUAUUAGCAAAAGUGAUCCUCUCAAAGCUUUUCUCUCAAGGGGCAUUUGGCUAUGUGCUGCCCAUCAUUUCCUUCAUCCUCGCCUGGAUUGAGACGUGGUUCCUGGAUUUCAAAGUGUUGCCUCAAGAGGCAGAAGAAGAAAACAGACUCCUGCUAGUUCAGGAUGCAUCGGAGAGGGCAGUCCUCAUCCCUGCAGGACUUUCUGAUGGUCAGUUCUACUCCCCGCCUGAGUCUGAAGCAGGUUCUGAAGAAGAAGCUGAGGAAAAACAGGACAGCGAGAAACCGCUUUUAGAACUAUGAGUUCUGCUCUAUGAAGUGAGUGUGCUGUGAAGAACCCUCACUGCAAGUCAUCCAGGUGGAGCUGGGUUUCCCCUGACAGGAAAUGGUGGAUCUGCUCACUGCUGGGUGUUGAUGAGCUAAGGAAUUUAUUUAUGGCGAUACCUCAUGGACAUUGCUCCACCUCCACUUACAUCAUCCCUGCCUGCGGCCAUUGGGUCGUGCUGUGGUCCUUCCUCUCUUCUGUGAGUCUCCGUCUGACCUGAUAAUGAAUAACUCAGUUUUGUGCUGCAUCCGAAUCAAAAGACUGCUUAAUAUAUUGAAAUAACAAUUUUGUAGUGAGUGAGAUACAUUUUUAUUUCAAUUCACAGAAUGUAUUUUUUUUGUUUCAUGUCUCAGAUUUCUUUUGUAUUUCUUUUUUAACUCCUUACAUUUCACUUGUGUUUUUAAACUCAUGCACAUGUGCUCUUUAUACAAUUUUAAAAUAAUAAAUCCAACAUAUCAAAUUGA